AUGAGGACCAAGAUCAAAACUUGGAGCGAGACCUGGGCGCUCUGCCUUAUAGUCGUCGAUACCAAAACCGGAGAGUUCGUGGGCUGGGUCGGCAUGACGUGGCCGCGGCCGCGCGAUGGGGAGCUCGGGAUGUUUGUGGAGAGGAGUCAGUGGGGGAAGGGGUACGGGACGGAGAUGUGUGGAUGGGUUGUACAGCAUGCGUUCAACUUUCUUGAUGCGCAUCGCGUCUCGCUCGCUGUGUUCGAGUCUAAUAAGAGAGCUGUAUCCCUGUACAAGAAGAUAGGCUUCGUGCAAGAAGGCAUCAGGCGACGCGCGCGUUACGGGCAUGGGCGCUGGGAGGAUAUCAUCAUCAUGGGUAUGCUCGAUGAGGAGUUUUUCCGUAGGGACGAGAUCGGCGCACAAGUUUCAUAG